UAUUUAAAAAAUCUGUCUAUAAAUUCAUGAGAAUAGUAGCUUAUUUAAGGCUAUCUGCAUUAUGUAGAUGGUAUAAGUGACUAUAUGGCUAAGAAUAAUGGAGAUGGUAAGCUUCACGUAGCAAUGCUACCAUGGCUUGCAUUCGGCCACCUUAUUCCAUAUCUUGAACUCGCAAAGCUUAUGGCCACCAAAGGCCACAAGAUUUCCUUCAUUUCAACCCCUAAAAACAUCCAUCGCCUCCCACCAAUCCCAAAAACUUUAACUCCUUUCAUCAAUUUCAUAAAAAUCGAUCUUCCUAAAGUCAAAGACCUUCCAGAAAACGCUGAAUCCACCAAGGAUUUACCUUUUAAUAAGGUUAAGUACCUCAAAAUCGCCAAUGAUGGCCUCCAAAAACCCAUCCAAGAUUUCCUAAAAACCUCAUCCCCAAAUUGGAUCAUCUACGAUUUCGCAACGUAUUGGUUGGGUUCACUAGCCUCAGAACUCGGCAUCCGUACAGCUUUUUUUAGUGUUUUUCCUGCUGUAAUGCUUGGUUUUCUUGGACCACCAAAUGUGUUGAUACAUGGAGAUCCUGAUAAUAAUGAUAACGAUAAUACUAUUAUUAUUAAACGACCUAAGUGGGUUUCUUUCGAAACCCAGGUUCGACCAAGUCUAUACCAGUUGACCCGUUGGGGACACUACAAUAGUGACGGAGAAAACAUGAGCGAUGUUUAUCGAUUAGGAGCCACAGUUGAUGGGUGUGACGCGGUUUUUGUCAGGUCUAGUUUUGAGUUCGAACCGGACUGGCUAAACCUGGUGAAACGGCUUUAUAAAAAACCCGUCAUUCCAGUUGGGUUUUUACCCUCAACAUCAGACACAAAAGAUGACGAUAUUAAUAUUAAUAAUAAUGAUUCAUCUUGGCUUGUAACUAAACAGUGGCUAGACAAGCAAGAAAAGGGGUCAGUUGUUUAUAUAGCUUUUGGCAGUGAAGCCAAACCGAGUCAAUACGAGUUAACUCAGUUGGCAUUGGGGAUAGAGCUUUGUGGUUUACCUUUUUAUUGGGUGUUAAUUGAUCAACGUGGGGCAUCAGAUGAAGAGGUUAUUAAGUUGCCAAUUGGGUUUGAGGAGAGAAUGUGUGGACGUGGUGUGGUGUGUAGGGAAUGGGCACCACAAUUCAAGAUACUGAGUCAUGACUCGGUGGGUGGGUUGUUGAUUCACUCGGGAAUGAGUUCGGUUAUUCAAGGUUUUCAACUUGGUAAACCCCUUGUUCUGUUGCCAUUCUCGGCUGAACAAGAUUUGAAUGCAACUUAUUUGGUGGAGAAAAAGUUGGCAUGUAUGGUUCCUAGAGAUGUGGAUGGGUCAUUUGAGCCUGAGUCCUUGGCUGACUCACUGAGUCUUGUGAUAGUUAAAGAAGAGGGCAACAUGUAUAGAGACAAAGCUAAAGAAAUGAUGUCUUUGUUUGGUAACAGAGAUAUUCAAGACCAAUGUUUGGAUGAAUUGUUACAUUUUCUUUCAACUUCGAUCAAAUAGGUUGUACUACUUGUGUCUUGUGCCUUGAGGGCAAUUAAUGGAAUAAGCUAGCGUUAAAAUACGAGUAAUAAAAUUUGUAAUAUAGUGUAUUAUUUUGAAAGUCAAGUUUCAUUGAAA